GCUCUCGUAUGAAGCCACACCUUUCACUGGUCCUUCCCUACCCAUGUCAAAUAUGUAAGAGGGGAAGAGCAGUAAACGGUAUAUUAUUCUCAUCAGAACUCUCACAUCCUACGCACCUGAAAUACCAAGCGUAAACCAUGUCUUUCACUGGAAAACCAUACAGUAAGGUCCAAACAGGUACGACUUCAAGUACUGCUAAAGCAGUAGAGGACAGCAAAAAGAAAGCAUCCCUGCUGAAGGACAAUAGCUGGAUCAGGGCAAAUGUGAACGAGGACAAACAAGUCGAAAACGACCCGAACUUUGGCAAAACUGUUCUGAGCCGUUACAAGUCCAACGAAAACCUUGUCAGCCCUCAAGAUAAAACUAGCAAAACCGAGAGCAAAACCACCACCGUCACCACUUCACCAGGUACCUCUGUCCAAGCUCUCUCUAAAAGGUUUGGUGGCAGCCAGGACAAGCUGAAUGAAACCAGAACCACAGGAACUAAAACAACUGUGAGAACACAGCCAAGGACAAGCACUUCUACAACAAUAAUCAAUGGUUCAAAGAUUACCGAGACAACCGUCUCCACUACAAAGCAGGAUGUGGUGAAAUCAUUUACCAAGUCUGAAACAAUCACUGAUAAGGGCCUGGCAGCUUUAAAGACCAAGACUUCUGGUGACUACAAGACUGAGGUCAUUACUGUGAAGUCAUCAAAGGACACUGUUGAUGGACCCCCUUCACCUCUCAAGACCACCACUAGCAUCAAAACCUACACCAAGGAGGAUGUUUCACCAACUAAAACAACAUCAUCUUCUGUCCGAUCCACAAAGAGCACUGAGGAUCAACUGUUUGACACUCUCAUACCAACGCCGAUCAAGUCAUCCUACACAAAACCUGAUAGCAGUGACUACAAGACUGAGGUGGUUACGGUGAAGUCAUCAAAGGACAUCACUGAUGUACCAACUUCACCUCUCAAGACCACCUCAAGCAUUAAAACCUACACCAAGGAGGAUGUUUCACCAGCUAAAACAACAUCCUUCUCCACAAAGAGUGACUACAAGACUGAGGUGGUUACUGUGAAGUCAUCAAAGGACAUCAUUGAUGUACCAACUUCACCUCUCAAGACCACCUCAAGCAUUAAAACCUACACCAAGGAGGAUGUUUCACCAGCUAAAACAACAUCCUUCUCCACAAAGAGUGACUACAAGACUGAGGUGGUUACUGUGAAGUCAUCAAAGGACAUCAUUGAUGUACCCCCUUCACCUCUCAAGACCACCACAAGCAUCAAAACCUACACUGAGGAUGUUUCACCAACUAAAACAACAUCAUAUUCUCUCCGAUCCACAAAGAGCACUGAGGAUCAACUGUUUGACACUCUCAUACCAACAUCAAUCAAGUCAUCCUACACAAAACAUGAUGGCAGUCACGAGGAUGUAUCGGUCUCCAAAACCACCAGAACUGUGUAUUCAACAAAUGACAGAAAUGAGUGGAGUACUGUCACAAGUCCUUCUUACACCAGAUCAUCAUUCACAGAGAGCAGGCCCGUUGAUUACAUAUCUGACUCCAUCACAUCCAAAACCUCUACAACUGUGUACACAUCACCGGAAAGGACAGUGAGCUCAAAGGACAUUUGCACAUACUGCCAAAAAAACAUGUUCACAGAUGAAAAGAUGAUUCUGGAUGACAUGAAUAUAAACUGUCAUGCACGUUGUUUCAAGUGCGGGGUGUGUAACUCGUCUCUGGGACACCUGAAGGCCGGGGACAGCUUAUGGGUCUACCGUCGUGCAGUUUACUGUGAGAGUUGCUUUGGUGUCACUAGGGGCAAAUGGAUCAGCUGAGACUACAUUUACCAUUCAUUAAGUGAUUUUAAGAAAGAGAUGGCAAAUGAACUAGCCUUUAACAAAACUUUCCCAUAGCUCUGAUUUGGACUCGGGUAUUUGAAGUGCAUUUUUGGUGGUGGACUUCUGUCUGAUUAUAGACUUUGGGGCAUUUAUUAAUUGCAUUGAUUGCCAUACUUCCCUGAUGAUGUGACAAGCAUCUCAUCUAAUUACUAAAAUAAGAUUAAUAUUUUAAAAUAAGAAUAAUCAUAUGCUCGAAUGUGAUGAUACAUGUUUUACUUUGUGUUUUGAGUUGCUUUAUUGUACUUUUUUGUCACUAUUGUUAAUUAAAGAAUUAUAAGCUA